AAUGAAGCUGACUUUUUUGAAGAACAUCCCAUCACGUGUUCAGAAACAAUGAACGAUCUUCAAAAAACAUGGUGAGACUGUAUCCAGGAGCAAGACCAUGUUUCAGGGCUAUGAUUGGAAAGGUUUGUUAACGAAAUGUUCGAUGGAAUACAGAGGUUUCGGAACAUUUUGAGCUGCACAGAUGGUAACACCAUGAUUAAGCACAUGACAAAUAAGUCUUGUGAAGAGCUGUUGUAUAUCAUGGACGUUUUUCCAAAAACGGUGGAUUCUUACAUAGUGGAGCGCUGCGUGCAGCUGCCUUCAGAUUACAGUACUGUUGAUUGUCCAACAGUUCAGCAGAAUUUUAGCAGAUAUUUGAAAUAUUUGCCGAGAGAUUUUCCCCUUCAACUUCCGCAGGAGACACUUUGUGACCCAACUUGUAGAGAAGUUUUUCAAAAUGGCUUGGAUGAUGGAAUGAAAAAAACGCUAGUGAAUAAGUGUUUUACAAAAACAAAUGCACCUCUAACACGGGAAACCCUCGCCGGGAUGAAAUCGAUGAUUACAAAUCUACCCUUAAAAAGCCUGAAGGAGAUAAGCAAGGAAGACCUUGAGGCAAAUUUUGAUGUCAUCAAGCAGGGCAUCCAAAGUGGGGAGAGCACCAAGACCACUGGGAAGAAUAUGGCUGUUAGGGAGAUAGUUAAAAAGUUGACCCAGGAGUCUGGAAACCUGUCUAUGAUCAGUGACUGCAACUCCUGCAUCCAGUCUCUGUCAGUGAGGGACCUCAAGAAAACACUCAAGUCAAACGACACUGCUGGUAUGCUCACAAGUCUGGGCCUAGACAAGCAUAAUGUGCAGUUCACUGAUUCACAGGCAAAAUUCUUAGCCAAGAAAGUGAUAGCUGAAAAUAUCACCUCCUUAUCAGCUGAUAAGUUUAGAGAGAUGAAGUCCAUUGUGAAGGGCCUGGUGUCACAGGACAUGCAGAAGAUUGCCCAGGAGAACAAGAACAAUUCUGACGGGCUGGAAAUCGCUACUGUGUUCUGUGAGCAGACUACCUGGCCCUCCAAGACGUUACACUCGAUCCAUGGCAUGAUAGUGGAUGGACUGAAGUACAGAAAUUCCUCACACCCCAUGAAAGCUCUGACUGGAGUAGAUGUGGCAGGUUUUGGCUGUGAAUGCCUGAUUAACUUUUCAGAAGAUCAGCUAUCCUCUAUGGAUCCUCCCGUCUGUACAGAUGUCUGCCAGAAAGUUGGAAAGUGUGAUAACUUUGUUAGAAUCAACGCAGCACACAGAAACAAUUUCUUCAGUGGAUGCAUGAAAUGCCAGAACUUGAAGAUGGAGAAUUUCACUGCGGAUACCAUUGAAGCCCUGGGCUCAAACCUCCUGGCUCAGCUGACCCCUGCGCAGGUGGCACUCAUGCCUAGCAGUGCCUUCCAAGCAAUGUAUGAUAAGUUGUCAGGGAUGUGCCUCAGUCCAGAGCAAGGGCAGGCAGUCACUAAUAAACUUGCAACUGUGGCUGCCCCUGAAUUGACGACUGACGACAUGUACAAGCUCUCCAGUGCCAUGUACCACUUACCUGCCGCUUCACAAGCAAGUCUGAAUAAGACUGUGUUGAAGAACAUGGCUAAGAGUCUUCUUACUAAGUUGGUACCGACGGACCUUGAUGGUAUGCGGGCUAGAAAAGAGUGUGAACAGUGGCUGGAUGACGCAGGCCGGGCACAGCUCAAGGAGGCCAGAUUCAAAUUCCUUCUCACGCUCAAGAAUGCGCUUAUGUCAUCCACUGCAAGGAGGAAGCGAUCUGCAACAAGUUUCUGGACGUGCUCCAACAUCCAGGCGUUUCCAGAUCUCUUUGUGAUGGCCAAUGUGACUGAAAUAGAAGGGAUAACUGGCAAUGACUUCAAGGACUGCAUCUUGGAAAUUGGUUCUUUGAACUGGAAUACGGAACAGAAAGCUGCACUCAAAGCAAAAAUGCUGUCGGCUUACAAUGUUUCCUCUGCCUGUAACAUAGAAGACAUCAGCAGUAUUGGCACACUGGCUCAGACACUGACUGUGACCGAGAUUAACUGCCUCAACCUGAACAACUCCAUCCUGGUGACUGCCCUGGGUAAACAAGCAGGCUGGUCAACCAAUCAGUCUUCAGCUCUGGCGUCCAAUGUGCUUGCAGACCGGGGUUUGACAAACCUGUCCCAGAAUGAUACAGCCUUCCUUGCCUCACUUGGAGCCAUUAUGUGUGGCUUUGAGCCCCAGGUCAUAAAAACAAUGCCACCUACAAUAUAUCUUGAGAGUGAUCCUCAGUUCUCGCUCUACUCUGACUGCACAACAUCCCAUCUGGUUGCCCUCAAGGAAGUAGUCAAUGACCCGUUAGUGUAUGGCGCACCUGGAACAUGGACUGCUGCCACCACGUCUGAAUUGAUCUAUGUCAUCGGUGGUUUGACAGGUCCAGAGAUUAAGAACCUGUCUCGUGACGCCAUUGAAGGCAUCACAACUGCAUCUAUUCCUUUCAUACCUGGUAAUGUGCUCAAGGAGCUCAGUAUGGAACAGUUGUCCAUGCUCUCUGACCGCCAGGCAGUGGCAGUUACGGCCAUACAGAAACUGGCUCUAUCCAGUGAGCAGGUCAACAAACUGACAGAACUAGCCACUGGUGCUUCUACUGUCCAGCCUGCAAACGCUACCACUGCCAAGCCUGCAAACGCUACCACUGUCCAGCCUACAAACGCCACCACUGCCAAGCCUGCAAACGCUACCACUGUCCAGCCUGCAAACGCCACCACUGCCAAGCCUGCAAACGCUACCACUGUCCAGCCUGCAAAUGCUACCACUGUCCAGCCUGCAAAUGCUACCACUGUCCAGCCUGCAAACGCUACCACUGUCCAGCCUGCAAACGCUACCACUGUCCAGCCUGCAAACGCCACCACUGCCAAGCCUGCAGCAGAUACCACUACCAAGCCUGCAGAAACUACCACUGCCAAGACUGGCGGAGCAUCUGUUGGCACCCAGGUAGCAGUAUCCUUGUUCACCACCCUCCUCAUGCUGAUGGCGUCAGCCUUGAUCCUUCUGUGAGAUCAGCAGACAACAAUAUCUGAACGAGGCAACCAUUACCAGGCUGUGCACAUGUCUAGUUUUUACUAUGAAGCAUAUGCCUAGUUUAAUGGUGACGGAUCAUUUUAAAUGUAUUAAGAAAUGUUGACUUAUUUAUUUAUUUAAAAACUGUUUAAAAGUAAUAAUUGCUAUAAGUAAUAUUAUUCACAUUCAAGUUUGUCUGGAUUUUUAUUUACAUUGUUACUAUAUUAAAACCACUUCAACUUUUA